UGGCGGCUCCCGACGGGCCCAAGAUAUGGCUGCUUCUCCUUUUGGUGGGGUCUGGGCAGGGGCCGCGACCAGUCCGGGCGGGUCAGACCUUCGAGUACCUGAAACGGGAGCACUCGCUGUCCAAGCCCUACCAGGGUGUGGGCACAAGCAGUUCCUCACUAUGGAAUCUGAUGGGCAACGCCAUGGUGAUGACCCAGUAUAUACGUCUUACUCCAGAUAUGCAAAGUAAACAGGGUGCCUUAUGGAACCGGGUGAGGCUGUCCCAGUGAUGGAGAUGGCGUUCGGCUCUGGGUAUUUAUGCUGCUUGGCCUUGGGCAUGAAGCCAUGCUUUUUGAGAGACUGGGAGUUGCAGGUGCAUUUCAAGAUCCAUGGACAAGGGAAGAAGAAUCUUCAUGGAGACGGCUUGGCCAUCUGGUACACAAAGGAUCGGAUGCAGACAGGGCCUGUGUUUGGAAACAUGGACAAAUUUGUGGGGCUGGGAGUAUUUAUAGACACCUACCCCAAUGAGGAGAAGCAGCAAGAGGCCCAGAAGAGGCGAUAUUCUCCAGGAGUCCAGCGGGUCUUCCCGUACAUCUCCGCUAUGGUGAACAACGGCUCCCUCAGCUACGAUCAUGAGCGGGAUGGGCGGCCCACGGAGCUGGGGGGCUGCACCGCCAUCGUCCGCAAUCUCCACUACGACACCUUCCUCGUGAUUCGCUACGUCAAGAGGCAUCUGACGGUGAUGAUGGACAUCGACGGCAAGCAUGAGUGGAGGGACUGCAUCGAGGUGCCUGGGGUCCGUCUGCCCCGAGGAUACUACUUUGGCACUUCCUCCAUCACUGGGGACCUCUCGGAUAAUCACGAUGUCAUUUCCCUGAAGCUGUUUGAGCUGACAGUGGAGAGGACUCCGGAAGAGGAGAAGCUGCAUCGAGAUGUGUUCUUGCCCUCCGUGGACAAUAUGAAGCUGCCUGAGCUGACAGCCCCACUGCCUCCCUUGAGUGGCCUGGCUCUCUUCCUCAUCGUUUUUUUCUCCCUAGUGUUUUCUGUAUUUGCCAUUGUUAUUGGCAUCAUACUCUACAACAAGUGGCAGGAACAGAGCCGAAAGCGCUUCUACUGAGCCCUGCUGUUUGCUACCCGGUCUGUGACGAUCACCCAUGAAGGGUGGGCAGAGCAGGUACUGGCCUGGUCCACAGCCUGGCAGAUCUACUUCAGACCCCAGCCAGUUAACUGGUCAGGAGCUGUGUCCAUCACUGGAGCUUGAAUGCAAGGACGCUUCUCCCCAGGGACAUCUGACUGGCCCAGGAAGCCACGCUUCUGGGGCAGUGCUGCUGUGAAGUGCCUUUCCCCGUGGGCGUGGGGAGAGUAUAGACAUAUUUGGACGCCGAAACCACGGAAUUGGACAGCCUGGCACGGACUGCACUCGGCAGGCCUUUCUACUCCAUUUUUAAGUCUACAAUAGAAAACCAGGACUCAUACCUUCUGGAGAGCCAGUUAUGGGCUUUUGCUUUUUGCACAAGCUUCUGUCUUUUUGAGAUUUCCUUGGAAAUCCGAAUGGAAACAUCUUCCUGCCUCCAUCAUUGUCUUCUCCAUGUGCAUCCUGAGACAAAUACCCAGAAUACAUUUGGGUAUUUUUGUGUUGGGUUCUGGGGCUCUAGAACUUAGGUUUCACUGACCCUCAUUAGGUGAACUGAGGGCUUUUUGCUUUUGCCUGUUGCUCCGGCCUCUCUUUCCUAGCCAGAGUCUUGAGUCUUGGCGUCUCUGUGGCCUUCCUGUCAGAUCCCUCAGGCCCUUGGGCAAGCCUAAGAGAAACUUGGGAGACUCCAUCGGAGCCACAAGGUUAACUGAAGCUGGUGAGUUCCGGGUUUGACUCAGAGUGAACAUUGCCACCUCAGGUGGAGGUAUUUCUAGACUUGGUGGAUCCACUUAGCUGCAUGUUUUGUGUUUAUCAUAGUUUUUGGAAUCUUCACUUUGAAUGUUGGAAGUAUAAAGAAGCUCUUCUUAUUACCUGGUUUUGGACACUCCCCCAAGAAGAAAUUUGGCCCCUUUGUCCUAAUGGAGAAGAAAAAGCUGCUCUUUUAUGUUCAAGAAUGGAAGCAAACGGCCUCUACCCUGUGCCUGGAAGAGUUUGUGGUAAUUGAGCAGAACAGCCUGAGUGCUGUGUUUGUGUCAACCCUUAUUUCACUGCCUUAUCUGAAAGGGGUCACACGCUGCUCACCUGCCUGCCCUGUGAUUAAAAGGUUGCAGGCUAGUGUUUCCCUAGAGGAUAUGAAACUGAACUUUCUUCUGGGCCUCUGUAGCCUAAGGAAAAUUCUUAAAGUGGCUGAUGUAACCAAACAUGAGCCUUUGACUCAGUGUCCUCCUUUCUAGGGUGUAUUUUAGGGGAGAUCUGAGCCUUUUCUUGAGCCUCAAGUACCAUACCAACUCUUUGGGAUUGACCAAGCCCUCAGCUUAUCCCUGAAGUCACCUUGGCUGGGGAUAGGUAUUCCUCUUCUUAGGCCUUCUUUCUUGUGCUUG